AUGCCAGGCAAACGCGGAGGUGGCGGAGGCCUCGACAUCGGGCUCAUCUUUGCUCACAAGAUCCUCACCGUCCUCUUCCUGCUCAGCACAGUAGGAUGGGUCGUCGCCUUCAUCGGCCAGUGUGCCGCUCAAGCAGGCAACGGCGGUAACCAAGGCGUGCUCUGGUUCGCCAUCUUCCUCCAGCUCUUCCUCAUCAUUGGCAAAUACCUCGGCGUCAUGACCGACUCGCUCGGCACCUCGCGUCUCCAGCUCACCACCUUCACCGCCGUCGCGCUCGUCUUUUCGGUCAUCGGCAUCAACUCGGGCAUCUACUCUGGUAAUGCGGCGGAAGAGGCGGUGGCUGCCGGUUACUUUUUGAUCACCAUCACCAACAUUGUCUGGCUGUUCUUCCUCACUACCGAGGAGGACUCGAUCUUUUAUCCUAUCAUCAACAUUGCCAAUGCAGGCAUCACGCCACCUGCCGCCACGACGAGUGGGCGAUACAGCGGCGGUGGUGGCAUCGGCGGUGGUAAUGCGGGUGGUGCGCAGUCGAUGAGGUCGGCAGGUGGCGGUGGUGUCGGCACGGGCCUGGGCGGUGGUUACGCUGCUGGCGGCAACGGCAGUGCGUACUCUGGCAACUUCCAGGGUGGUGGAUCGGGCUACCAGCCCGCUUACGGCAACAGUCCUUCGGCUGCCGACAUCACCACGGCCAACGGAACCGGUCUGGGUCAACCCAAGAUGUCGUCCACCUCGAUCCGCAGUCGCGGUGCCAACGACACGGGUGUCACCGGUGCAGGCGGCAUCUCGCAGGACGCCCCCAGCGUCGUCACGCACAGCGUCGCCGCGGAUUCAGCAGCAGCAGGCGCAGGUGCCAAGGGAUCCGACCUUCCAGACUACGGCUACAAGGCUCGCGCUCUGUAUGCCUACCAGGCGAACGCGGACGACCCCACCGAGAUCAGCUUCAGCAAGGGCGAGGUGCUUGAUAUCGUCGACAACUCGGGCAAGUGGUGGCAGGCGAGGAAGAGCAAUGGCGAAACGGGCAUUGUGCCUAGUAACUACAUGCAGUUGCUAUGA